CUCUCUCUCAUUUUCCCUCCAUAUAUAUGCUAACUGCCCCAAUUUCGUUUUUCAAAUGGUCCUCUCUCGCCCCCUCCCCCCGGCCCCCGCGGAUGAGAAGAGCAUUGCGUUUUCAGUCUCCAGCUAGGGUUUCUGUUUUGUUUCGUUUAGGUGACAAUGAGAACUCAGAGUAGAACUAACAUGAAAGCAAAGUCUCAACAAAGUGGUACUAAGUCUCAACAAAGUGGUACUAAGUUACGUAAACCACGGAUUCUCUUGGCUGCAAGUGGAAGUGUAGUUGCAAUCCAACUUUUUAAAUUUUGUCACCGUUUAUGUGAAUGGGCUGAAGUCAGGGCAGUGGCUACCAAGCGUGCUAUGCACUUCAUUGACAGAGCAUUGAUUCCUAGUGAGGUAGCUCUCUAUACAGAUGAUGAGCAAUGGAAAGAGUGGAAUAAGCUAGGGGACAAAGUGUGUCACAUUGAGCUUCGCCAGUGGGCAGAUGCUAUGGUUAUUGUUCCAUUGUCAGCCAACACACUUGGCAAGAUUGCAAUGGGGCUCUGUGACAACUUGCUGACUUGUCUGGUGCGUGGAUGGGACUACAACAAGAAACCCCUCUUUGUGGCUCCCUCCAUGAGCCGCCUAAUGUGGAGCAAUCCUUUCACUGCAUGCCAUAUUGACUCGAUAACUAAGCUUGGAAUCAAGGUUAUCAUGCCUGAUUCAGACAGUUUUAUGGUUGCUGACCCUUGGAACAUCAUGAAUGAGUUGUCUCGUACCCUUAAUACUCAAGUUCGCCUUAUUGAUGGUUAGUCUUCAUUUCACUUUUGAGACAUACGUCUAUGUGCUCUUUACCAUUGUAACAAUUUUGGCUACUUUGAUGCUCUCUCUCUCUCUCUUUACCAUUGUAACAAUUUUGGCUACUUUGAUGCUCUCUCUCUCUCUCUACCAUUGUAACAAUCUUGGCUACUUUGAUGCUCUCUCCAGAUUGCUGGUCUCAUUUUCACUUUCUGAACUUCAUUGUGCUGUGUAGAAAUGGUAUAUUCUUUUGUUUAGUGGCAUGUCUUCUUAUUUCAAGAAGCUCG